GCUGGCGGCUGCUCAGCUCGCGGGGCCUGCCAUGCUGGCGACGACUACUCCGCUCGCGGGCGCUGGCUGUCUGGCGGCUGCUCGGCUUGCUCGCACUGCCGUGCUGGCGACUGCUCGGCUCGCGGGCGCUGCCAUGUUGGCGACUGCUCCACUCACAGGCGCUGUCGUGCUGCCACAUUUAUUUUAGGUAGCAGUCUUGUUAAUGGUUGACACCUAUUCACAUUGAGUAAGUGACCCAGUGUUGUUCCAUACCUGAUAGACAUGCACGAAUUUUUCUUUAAAAGUAGUUUUUUUGUUUUUUGGGAGGGCAGUUUAUAUUUUUAUUGGAACUUAAUUUUAAAAUUGUACCUGUUCUUCUGUCAUUCAAUUAAGUUAUGUGACGUUGGAAUGCAUGAAGUUGCUCUUGAGAGCCCAAGUUGGAAACCCAACUCAUAGGUUGCAGACAUAUGGAGCAAUAAUGUGAAUGUUACACUCCAGUUAUUUAAAAAGAGUGGUAAUAUUUACUCACAACAUAUGGGCUGUUGGCUGCUGUACCCAAUGCAGGGUGUCAUAUUGGCAUCUGCUCCGCUUCUUGGCAGCUGUAUGCUGUCUUGGCCCUGUUAACGGUUCAGCUGUCCUACUUGGGUGUAAAGGGGGGAGGGUUGUGCUGUCUUGCAGGUUACUUCCCUACACACCAACACUGUCAUCCAGGCAACUGCUCUCCACGGGUGCACUCAUGCUGUCGUCGACUCCACUCGUGGUUCUUGAGUUUGGUAGGUGCUCGUCAGGCGAACAUCAACUGUGUUGAGAGGCUGGACAGCUGCCCAACUUGUUGGCCAUAUCAACUGAUCUGCUCACCCUUGGGAGCCAUCUGGUAUUGUAGCUGCCCUGCAAGCAGGUUAAUGUCCUGCCUUUCUUACCUUGUAGAGUGUAAUUUGUAACCCACUUUUAUUUUAGACAAUAAUCUUUUCAAUCAGUAACCCUCAUUCUUAUUUAAUAAUAGGUCCCAGUAUUGUUGAAAUUUUUUUCUAUAUGUAUUGUAGGACUGCGUGGUUUGUUGAUUUUAACAGUACAAGUUAUUCAGAGUUUUUAAAAUGUACCUUAAGAAAUAGAAUUCCUCUCUUUUUGGCAGCCAAAACAUCUCUCGUAAGCAUUCGUUUGAAAUUUUAUUGUAAUGUAUUGGACUACUGUGAUUGAGUAUAUUAAAAUGAAAAAUUUGUCCGUUCUUAUAUCAUUGGGGAUCAGUUAAGCCAUUCAAUAUUGACUACCCAAUAUUGAUUCAGUCGAUAUUGACUACUCAAUAUUGAAUGAGUCAAUAUUGAGUCAGUCGUUAUUGACUACUCAAUACUGAGUGAGUCAAUAUUGAGUGGAGCAGUCAAUAUUGCCUGCUUCGCUCACGGGCACUGACGAACUGGCAACUGCUCCGCUCGCGGGUGCUGCUGUGCUGGCGACUGCUCCGCACCUCGCGGGUGCUGCAGUACUGGCGACUGCUCCGCUCGCGGGUGCUGCUGUGCUGGCGACUGCUCCGCUCGCGGGUGCUGCAGUGCUGGCGACUGCUCCGCUUGCGGGUGCUGCUAUGCUGGCGACUGCUCCGCUCGCGGGUGCUGCCGUGCUGGCGACUGCUCCGCUCGCGGGUGCUGCCGUGCUGGCGACUGCUCCGCUCGCGGGUGCUGCCGUGCUGGCGACUGCUCCGCUCGCGGGUGCUGCCGUGCUGGCGACUGCUCCGCCUGCGGGCGCCACCAUGCUGCUAGCUGCUCUGCCUGCGGAUACCGUCGCGCUGCCGGCUUCUCCUCUUUUGGAGGAUGCCGCGCUGCCGACUGCUCCGCUUGCGGCUGCCGCUGUGCUGCCGACUGCUCUGGUCGCGGCCUCUGCCGCACAUUCAACUGAUCCACUUGCGUUCACCGCCUCGGUGCCGACUGAUCAGCUCGCGGACACCGUCGCGCUGCCAACUGAUCAGCUCGCGGACACCGCCGCGCUGCUGACUGAUCAGCUCGCGGACACCGCCGCGCUUCCGACUGAUCAGCUCGCGGGCACCGCCGCGCUGCCGACUGAUCAGCUCGCGGGCACCGCCGCGCUGCUGACUGAUCCUCUCGUAGACACCGCCGCGCUGCCGACUGAUCCUCUCGUAGACACCGCCGCGCUGCUGACUGAUCUGCUCGCAGACACUGCCGAACUUGCAUCUACUCCCGUCACAUGGCCUGUCAACAGCUCCACUCGCGGGGAGCUGUCAUGCUUCUGUCUGCUCAACUUCGUGUGGUCUACUGUGCAUGUCUGGUCAGCUCCUUGGGGGCCAUUGUCGUCGUGUCUGCUUAUCUCCACAGGAGGCUGUCUUGCUGGCAUCGGCUCAGUCCGCGGUAUUUUGGGUUCGGUAGGUGCUUGUCAGGCCAACAACUGCUCUGCUCAGAGAAUGAUGGCUGGACAACUCGGUCGCCAUAUCAACUGAUCAGCUUGCUCUUGGAAUGUUGCCGUCAGAUAUUGUAUCUGCCCUGCAAGCAGGUUAAUGACCUGCUCCACUCAUGUGAUACAGCUGUGAUGGGUGGCAAUCCUGCUAGGAGAGGACUCAUGAAUCACUGCUCCACUCCCGGCAUCCAUGGUACUACUGACUGCUCUACUCGGGGGAGCCAUGGUGCUGUCGACCACUCCGCUCAUGGGGGCUAUGGUGCUGUCAACCGCUCCACUUGUGGGAGCCGUGGUGCUGUCGACGGCUCCGCUCGUGGGAGCUGUGUUACUGUCGGCCGCUCCGCUCGUGGGAGCCGUAGUGCUGUCGACUGCUCCGAUCGUGGGAGCAGUGUUGCUGUCGGCCGCUCCGCUCGUGGGAGCCGUGGUGCUGUCAGCCGCUCCGCUCGUGGGAGCCGUGGUGCUGUCGGCCGCUCCGCUCGUGGGAGCCGUGGUGCUGUCGGCAGCUCCGCUCGUGGGAGCCGUGGUGCUGUCAGCCGCUCCGCUCGUGGGAGCCGUGGUGCUGUCGGCCGCUCCGCUCGUGGGAGCCGUGGUGCUGUCGGCAGCUCCGCUCGUGGGAGCCGUGGUGCUGUCGGCCGCUCCGCUCGUGGGAGCCGUGGUGCUGUUGGCUGUUCCGCUCGUGGGAGCCGUAGUGCUGUCGACCGCUGCGAUCGUGGGAGCCGUGGUGCUGUCGGCCGCUCCGCUCAUGGGAGCCGUGGUGCUAGCAACUGCUCUGCUCGUGGGAGCUGUGACGCUAUCAACUGUUCUGCCCAUGGAAUCCAUCUUCCUGGUUGAUGCUCCACUCGUGGGGGCUAUCGACUGCUUCAUUUGUGAGGGCUAUCUUACAGGUGACUUCGCUACACACCAGUACUGUUGUCCAAGCAAUGAUCUUGUGGUAGUUGUCAUUCUGGUUACAGUUCUACUUGUGGUGGCAGUUUGCUGGGGACUAUUCUACUCAUGGGUCCAUUUCUGAUGGUGAUUGCUGCUCAAGAAUACUGACAACAUUGCAAUGAUUAACAACUUCCUUUCAGAUAUGGGGACCAAUAUUGAACUGUAGAUCUUGUUGACUGCAUUUUCCAUAGUUGCACUACUUGAUCUUUCCAAAACAUAAAAUGCUUCUGAGUGUUAAGAUUCAACUUGAUUGAUGUGAUCCAGAAUGCUGGGUCUGACACCAUAUAGUGUUUUAAAAGCAUAGAGUAUUUUUAAAGCAUACUUGUUUGAGGCCAUAAGAGAUUGAAAACAUUAAAUUUGUUGUUACCUUAGUUGUGGAACUUUGGACAUCAUUAUGUGUUAAGGAGUUUGAGUGUGAGGCCAGUAUUGCAUUCCACUCCCCUGGAAGUAUGGUGCAGUUUGCAGUUCACUGUGGAUUUAGGAUGUGAAUUUCUUGUUGUGCAAUGCACUGAAGAACUUGAUUGUAGGAGAUUUACUCUAUUGUGUACUGCGUGGUACAGUUCAGACCUUAGUUGUAAUGUCUGGCAGACCAUGGGCAUUUUGCGCCUUGUACACAGUGUUUCAGCACGUUAUGAUGUCCUUCGCAACUUUGCCUAUCAACUUGGGUGCUGACAUUGUGCAAAGUGGAAUGCAGCUGAUUCUCCACUAGUCUCCAAUCAUUGGUCAGUUGGACCACUGCUAAUUCAGUGUUUGGUUGUAGCAGCUGUAGCCACUCGCAACCACAUGCCUCAGUCUCUCUGCUCUGCAGGCGUUUUUUAUACAAAAGAGUGUACUGAAGUUUAGGCCCCUUGCUGCAGUUUAAUAUGCUUUUCAGUUUUGGCUGCUGUGGAUCUCUUUAUCAGAUGCUGUGUGUUGUCUCUUAAUCUGUGUGCUAGGCUGGGGCUGUUAUCACCACAGUCUGAUUGAUGCAACAACUGCUCGUACCAUCCCAUGUCGCAGUGUUAUAUUUGUUAGUAAAUUGUUAGUCAUUGUUUAAGUGUUUGUGUAGUGUUGUGGUGUUUCCUACAGUUACAGGUACUUCAGUUUCCUGUGGUGAAAUUUGCAUUGGUUGUCAAACGUACUCUUGUUGUUUUUUUUUUUUUUUUUUUUUUUUUUUAGAUAAUUUCUUUUGUGCAUUUAUCCAAGAGGUCAUAGGUUUGCAUGUGCAGUAAUUCAGCAACUGUGGGACGAGGAUAGUGACCAGUUAAUACAAAUUUAGUUCCAGGAAACAAAAACCCCUGUAAUUGGUUCUUUGGAUAAUCAUAUAGAACUGUUAAACAGGGGAUGUCAAACCAUUUAUCAAAAAUUCACCAGAUACAGACAGUUGAGUCUGACUGACCACUCAGCCAGACCAAUCCGUUUGAUUGGUCCAUCUCUUAACGGGUUCCUUAUAUGGUCAUACCUAUUUACUGUGUUCAAGUUUCAGUUUACCAGGACCACAAGCGAGACCACAGACAAGUAUGUUUUGUAAGCUAUGUGCAUGCGCAUGCGCUCUAGAAUGUUUACCUUGUUAAUAUUUUGGUUGUACCGUGAUUAGCUGGCCUAUCUCCAUAUCGUUCAACGCAGAAGUGCCCAGCUUUCUUUUUGCCUGGAGGUAUCCAGGAUUUGUCAAAUUUGUCAUGGAGGUGUCCAAGAUACAUCCAGGAUCGCACUAUAUGUCGCCGAGGUGGCUGGAUUUCACUGCCACAUUCAUAACAGAGGUGUCAGGAUUUGUCACAGAGGUAUCUGUUGUUUGUCGUGGAAGUGUCCAGGAUUCAUUGCACCAUUCAUCACAGAGGGGUCCUGUUCAUUUUGGAGAUGUCCAGCAUUUGUCCCAGAGCUGUCCGGGUUUUGUCGCAGACGUGUCCCGGAUUCAUCAUGGGGGUGUCUGGGAUUCGUUGCAUUGUUUAUUGUGGAGGCAGCCGGGAUUCAUUGCAUUGCUCAUUGUGGAGGUGUCUGGGAUUUGUCGUGGAGGUGUUCUCCAGGACUCGAUGCGGAGAUGUCCGGGAUUCGUCGCGGGACUCGAUGCGGAGGUGUCCGGGAUUUGUUGCGGAGACAUCCAGGAUUCGUCACGGAGAUGUCUGGGAUUCGUCGUGGAGGUAUCCAGGAGUCAUGGAGAUGUCCAUGAUUCGUCGUGGAAAUGUCCGAUCCGGGAUUCAUCAUGGAGUGUCCAGCAGAAUUCAUCACAGAGGUGUCACGGUUUUACUGGCAGAGGUAUCGCGGUUCCGUCUCAUCGUUCGUUGUGGAGGUGUCCGGGUUUUGUUUCAUCGUUCGUCGCGGAGGUGUCCGGGUUUCGUCGCGGAGGUGUGCGGGUUUCGUCGCGGAGGUGUCCGGGUUUCAUCGCGGAGGUGUGCGGGUUUCGUCGCAUCGUUCAUCGCGGAGGUGUCCGGGUUUCGUCUCAUCGUUCAUCGUGGAGGUGUCCGGGUUUCGUCUCAUCGUUCAUCGUGGAGGUGUCCGGGUUUCGUCUCAUCGUUCGGCGCGGAGGAGUCCGGGUUUCGACUCAUCGUUCGGCGCGGAGGUGUCCGGGUUUCGUCUCAUCGUGCGGCGCGGAGGUGUCCGGGUUUCGUCUCAUCGUUUGUCGCGGAGGGGGGGGGGGGGGGGGUCUUGCUUUUGUCUCAUCGUUCAUCGUGAAAGUGACCUUGGUUUUUCUAAUUACAUAUCAUUGUGGUGUCCUAAGAUUUUUUAACAUGCUUGUCAGAGGUGUUGUAAGAUUUUUUUGGCAUGCAUCAGAUGUGUCACAAGUCAUAGCGUAUCCCUGGUGUACGACGAGCUGAAAGGACACCACGUGGAACUUCCUAUGGUAUUAUUUGUGCAUCAUGGAGGAGAUAGUGAUUUGGUGCAUAUGGUACCAAAUAGAUGCCUGUCAGUUGACACAUUACAGUGUCCAGUUCAGCUUGUACAAUAAAUUUUUCCAUAGUUUGUAUUACCAUGCAUCAUGUUCACUUUUAUGGCUGGCUGCCUAAGUUACAGACCAGUCUGGUUUAUUGUCUUAUUCCUUAUGGAGAUGUUCAUUGACUGUCUCCAUAUUAAUUGUGAAUUUUUUGUGAUUCUGGUCUGUCAUAUGCUUUUAUGUAACUGGUGUCUCCUGCUUUAGAGACAUAAUUGAGACCUUGCCUCUCAAAAAUUAAAACUUGAUCCAUGUGAAGGCACAACAUUGGCAUUCAAAGGUUAGCUUGUGUGCCAUAGUGAUGUCUCAGUUCUUUUUAGCAUUUUCUGUUGUGCAUAAUGUCAAUAGUGAAAUAUUUGGUUUUGUGUAAUUGGCUCAAAGCAGGUAAGACUACGUAUGGUAUUUAAUGAUGUAUACUUAACAUUUGGUGUUGCCAUUUUUGUGCUGGUUGAUUUAGUCACCUGUUGUAUACAAAUUACAUUUACUGGCAGAAAUAUCCCAGUAAAGCUGUGGCUUUAACUCUUGAUAUUGGACUGCUCUUAAGAGGUUGUAUGGAACAGAAUUGCGGCAUAUAUCUGAGUAUUAUUUCUUUUCAUUAUGGCCUAUCUACUUCUUCAUUAGAGCAGAUGUAUCCUAAGAAAUUCAGAGGCUGUAUCACUGAAAUCAAAGAGAUGUGAGAGUGAUGAGAGGUAUAGGUAGUAACCGUUCAUUCUGGCACACAAGUGCAGUUGGAUUUUUUUUUAAAUUUAUUUAUUGAUGUUAGCAGACUCAUCACAGAUAAUCAGCACAUUUUUUAUGCCAAAGACAUAAACUUCCUUUUCAAAUGUAUUUAUGUACACACACUGUAUUACUUUGAAGCAGGUCUCAAUUCUGCAUCACAUACUUACUUGUCAACAUGACUGCAGGAACAAGGUGUGUGUGACACCCCCCCCCCCCCCCCCCCCACACAC